GCCAGCUGCACACUCUCACGUCCAGUGUUUGACAAAACCUCCUCGGGUUGAGUAUGCGAGCAGCAGAACGUGUGCGGCGGUAAUGGCUGCCAGGGAGAGUGAGGAAGACAACAAAUGAACCACCCGAGAAGCGAUUCAAAGUGAGGACUAGGAUGGUAAGCAGCCAGCCGAAGUACGAGCUGAUCCAGGAGGUGGGGCGUGGCAGUUACGGCGUGGUCUAUGAGGCAGUAGUGAAGCGCACAGGGGCUCGGGUGGCAGUGAAGAAGAUCCGCUGCCACUCUCCAGAGAAUGUGGAGCUGGCCUUGCGGGAGUUCUGGGCGCUGAGCAGCAUCCAAAGCCAGCACCCUAAUGUUAUCCACCUGGAAGAGUGUAUUCUGCAGCGGGAUCAGCUGGCCCAGAGGAUGAACCACGGCUCCAGCUCUCCACUCUACCUUGAGCUGGUGGAGACGUCGCUAAAGGGUGAGAUCACCUUUGACCCAUGCUGUGCCUACUACUUGUGGUUUGUCAUGGACUUCUGUGAUGGGGGCGACAUGAACGCCUACCUGCUGUCUCGCAAGCCCAGCCGCAAGACCAACACCAGUUUCAUGCUGCAGCUGGGCAGCGCGCUGGCCUUCCUGCACCGCAACCAGAUCAUACACCGCGACCUCAAACCAGACAACAUCCUCAUCUCCCAGGCCUGCACGCCCGCUGGCUCAUCCGAACCCACCCUGAAAGUGGCCGACUUUGGCCUGAGCAAGGUCUGCUCCACCUCGGGGCUCAACCCAGAGGAGCCGGCGAGCGUCAACAAGUGCUUCCUCUCCACGGCCUGCGGAACAGACUUCUACAUGGCCCCCGAAGUCUGGGAGGGCCACUACACGGCGAAAGCAGAUAUCUUCGCCCUGGGAGUUAUUAUCUGGGCCAUGGUGGAGCGAAUUACUUUUGUGGAUGUGGAGACUCAGAAAGAGCUGCUGGGGAGCUACGUGCAGCAGGGCUCAGAGAUUGUACCCUUAGGAGAAGCCCUGCUAGAGAACCCAAAGAUGGAGCUGCUGAUCCCCGCGAGGAAAAAGAGCAUGAACAGCCACAUGAAGCAGCUGAUCAGGGACAUGCUGUCGGCCAACCCUCAGGAACGGCCCGACGCUUUUGAACUGGAGCUCAGACUGGUCCGUAUUGCGUGCAGAGAGCUGGAUUGGGACACGUGAUGGAUGAACAAACAGCACUACACACUCAGCCCAUCAAGCACAUGUACACAUCUCAACAGCUACUGUUAACCCAGAUGGUCACAUGACUGUGGAUUAUUGUUUUUAUGGAAACUAUGGAACAAUACAUAGAAUAGUCAUUAGUUGCGUCAUGGCUUAAACUUCAUCCACUGUCCGAGUAUGUAUGGUCUUCUUCUAGCUGUGUCUUUAAAUUGGAGGGGGCAGUGUGACACCCACCGCUGGUGCUGCUGCUGCACCAAACUGCAGCUUAGUCUCAGGCUAAUCACAUCACAGCUUCCACUUCCUCCUUACACAAUCAGUUGAGUGUGACGGAAGAGCAAAAUGAGUCUUGCAUUCGGUAAGAAUGUAAAAAAAGGUAUGACAGUAAACAAUUUGUCUCCAAAUACCAUUUUGGACAUGGUGCUAAUUGUUACUAAUGCAAUAUGAGACAUCAUCCUGUGAUUUUUACAGUGUACAUUUAUCCAAAGGGCCAAUAUAAAAACACAAGUCACCUCAGUGUGCAGAUGUCAAGCCAUUUGUGGCUUUGACAGAACCUGAUGUAAAAGAUACAUUUCAGCCUGGUCAUCACCACCAGCAUUGAUAGUUACAGUAUUUACAUCAAGAUUUAAGUCUAUUUUGCUUCAAAUGCAAAUAUGCCCUGAAUGCUCAGGUAAAAACAAACAACAGCAUGAUGGUAUUUAUAGACAAAGGCCUACUGUCAAGUUAAAUUUUGCUCAGGAGUCAUGAAGGGGAAAAAAUGGGUGGUCGACGUGUUAGUUUUCUUCUGGUGGUUUCUUCGUUGGUUGUGUGGGUGGAGGAUGUUUUUAUCAGCAAGUGUCCAGGCAGCAGGUGCUUGUGGUUGGGGUUUUCCUCUUUCUGCCCUUUGCAUACUUCAAGAUAAGUGGACUGGUCCCAGACGCACCCCUAACCAGUUGACAAGAAUGUAUCGAGAGCGGUCACCUUUAUUUAUACAGAGCCUUAAUCACAAAAACAUUCAUUUGAGACGAAGAAGCGCUUCUCGUAGUCUAAGACGCAAAGAGCCUGAAGGAUCAUUCAGGUUCAUUACAAGUGGGUUCUUAUUUUCAUAGCUCUUAUAACGCUGUGCUCACCUUUCCAGCAUUGUAAUAUGUAACAUUCAUGCUGUACAUACAGCGAUCGGGCAUAACUUUAUGACCACUGACAGGAGAAGUAAAUCAUUUUGACUGUCUUAUGAAAAUAUUCUGCUGGGAACCUUUUGGACAUUUGACAUUUGCGUGUACUUAGACAUGAAUCACUCACCUAGACCAGACCAGGCGCCAGGGAGACCUACACAAUAUUUGCAAAGUGGUCAUAAUGCACAAGAGAUGUUGUGUACAUUAUACACACAAUAUCUGAAGACUUUCAGGCAUGCGGCCAUCAACAUGCACGUCUGUGCUGAAAGUGAUAAUCAGACCAACAUAUUAACUUGCUAGUUGCUGCAUUACACAUACGGAGUUUAGCACAAAGGGCAGAUAUGACACUUAAAUGCCAAAUUCUAAGCACUUAAUUUCAAGCAAGUGUCUUGUAUAAAAAUGAGAACUUAUUUAAAAGUAUCCUAAAUAUGCGUAUGAGAAGGUACUCUGUGUCUGCAAAUGAUAAAAAAAGAUGGAGACAGUGUUUCACUUUAAAGGUCAAAACCUGUAGAAGAAAGAGAAAGCAGCAGUAAUGUAAUGACCAUACAGUAUUAUAAGAUGAUACAUAUUACAGGACACCUGCAGCUUUAACCGUUUCUCAGUUAAUCUGGUAACUCAUAACACAGCCAUCAUUAAUAACAUCAGUUACACAUGUCCAAACGUCUGUGGGACAGGUUAUUCUGGUAAGCACAGCGUUAUAAAAGCCAGUAGAAGUAACGUGCAGAACCAUGAAAAAGCAAUCCAGAUGGUAAUAAAUCCUCGAGUGAGGAAUAAAAAAAAAGUGAGUGCACUACAAUAAAGCAGUCUGAGACCUUGUUGAGUGACAAAUCUACACUUGAGACAAAUCCCUGCGUUGCUUAAAAAUCUAUUUCACGACGUGAAGUCGUCUCCGCCUGCGUUAUCAGAGCAGCGGCAUGAAUAUUCACACGUGCGACCGUUCAGACCUGAAUGUGUAAAAGGGGCGAGAAAUUCAUUCAAUGAAAGCACUUUUAUUUAGUUGUUUAUAUUUAUUCCUCAUAACUACCUACUGCAUUAUGUGGCGGGGCUCUGUGAGGCUGGAUUGGGUGUGAUAACCGCGUUGAUAUUUGUUUACCAUGCUGAGCGCAAUGUCAGCCAGCAGUCUCACUUAUGCAUGCAGUACCUCUCACCUUCAGGGAAGAAGCGAGAGGAGACAUCAGCGCGCGCCAUCCUCCGUGAGCCACAGGAACCUCUGCUUUUCCUGUUUUCUUUGACACAUAAUACUGUUGUGUUUAACUUGAUCUCCUCUCACUGUCACUGCUACUCGUUUCCUUUGGCUCUGAACCUUACAGUAAUCCCUUUCUUCAUGCUUCCGACAGGCUAAUUCUAAGCCUAUUAAGUUGUUGCAGCACUUGGCAGAGGAUCAUGCUCGGGACCCCUUUUGCCUUUCAGGUCAUACAUAAUGUGCGCACUUUCACGUUUUCUGUACAAGAAUCCAGUAAAACCAAACUAUCUUGGCUGCUUUGCUGCUCUCAGACUGGCGUGAAAUGAAAUUCCCCUCAACUUUGUACCAACAUUUAUCUGCUAAAUGGCCUUUAAUUCUCUCCUUUAGUUGUAGUAACUUGAUUUCCUGUCGUGAUGUGAUUAAGAUAUGCCUUCACUUUGUUCUUGACACUAAAGUGGCCUCGCUAAUAUUGCACUCAAGCACAGAAUUGGCAGAAGUCGUGAUUGAGAUGCACAGCCGUUCACCAACCCAGAGCGCUGUGCUUUGGUAUGAAUUGCAAUACCACAGAAUCAGUAUUAACAACGCCCGUCUUUACCUGCGGGGAACGUUGCGCUGCUUUGGACAUUGUUGUUUCACUUCACGAUUGUUGUGGCUUUCUGAACAUGAGCAGCAAAGUUUGGACUCGAAGUAGGUCGCCCGUAUCCUCCGAGCUCUAAGCGGAGCGGAGGAUGAUGGGUAGAGUAACUUCCGGCCAGAUUUCUUCCUUCUAGACAGGAGCGGAGGAGGAAGGCACUUGGCUUCCUGUGAGGUUCGAAACGUUUGCCAAACAAAUGCUAGAUCUGGGGUAUUGAGAGAUUUCACCCUCUGAUUUGUUGUAUUGAAUUCCUUUUGCACAUGUGUAAAUACUGUAUAGAAUGAACAGGGGACAAACAAGGUUGAUGUACAUUUGACUCGAUGUGCUCUGUUUUCAAGAGCCUGACUGUUUCACAUGUAAAUUGCUGUGAUGGCUUCAGUUUUUUUCUUCUUCUUCAGCGUCCAUUUCCCUCAGUCAUUGAAAAAAAUGUUAUAUAGUUACAAGGUUAAAACAGUCGGUGUGCUAUAAUAACUGUGCGUUUGUCAUUGGCCUAUUGUUUGUGAUUUUCGUGAAAGCAAAUCCUGGCAUACAACAUGGGUCAACUCACUCUAGCUUUCUGUCUGGUACUAGCGCCAUCUGAAAGGGGAGCAGUCUCCUUCUGGAUCAGUCUUAUUCACUCUUCAUACUCCUGAUCCGGGGCCGCCAUAUAACGUCCCAGCGUGCUGCUUCGCUGCUCAACGCAUCAGUUACGGAGUGGCUCGUAGAACUUGUUCUGAGGAGAGUGUUGAAAAUGAAAUUGUUAAAAAUUUCCCAAACAACAGAACGUGUGCUCAGCGCUGUUCCCGUUUACAGCUGUUUACAACUUCUAAUCACGCUCUUAAAGAGACGAGACGCGACGGUUGUAAGAUGAGAGUUGGCUGUGUUCAUCGAACAUCCACCUGAUACAACACACAUGCUGCUAUUUUAAUUAACGUCCACAGAGGCGGCGCGACAGCUCGAUAUACAGUCGCUAAUAAAGCUGAUUUAUGUGCUACAGAGUAAAGCUUCGAGUGCUUUCAGAGCACACGUGACCUAUAGUUCGCUGUAGACACGGCGCCAGAGCUGCUAAUGUGCUUCUCCCACUACGCUCGGAUGUACGCGUCAUUUAAGUUGUAAAUGACUUUGCAAUAAAAAAAUAUGUACACAGCAAAAAUGGAGGUUCUUACUAACGUAAAUUGUUGCUUCCCAGGCUGUGCCUAUGCAAGCCACUGGAACCACCGAUCAGAGCACACUGGACUUUUGAGGAGGAGGGCACAGUUCUUGAAGGAAACAUAACUCAUAGAUUUUCGCUCGCCUAACAGCCGGCCCAAACCUUACCGCCCACAAAUCCUUUUGUGCCAGCAAGUCUCGGACCACUCCUUUGGCAAGAGAUUAUGCUCCCACUACGACAUGCCUACCAAUAAAGAAUACCAGUGAGGUAAUCAUCGACGUCAUCUGGGUGCCAUGGACUUCACUUUGUUUACAGGAAAAGCACUCUGUUUGGUUGGAGGACUAUCCAGUUGCAUGCGCAGGCUUUUUUUUUUUUUUUUUUUUUUCCUCUUGAUCUGUUAAAACAUGCCCAGUAAUGAAAUCCAAAUGGAGUGUUAAUAGACUCGUACGGCUACGCCAGCCUAGGCCUUUGCUGCAUUGCUCAAACUAAAUGGAGGCGCUGCUCAUGGCUGCACUGGGAUGGGAUUCAUCUCGAAAGACUUUACACAACGUUUUCACAGGUCUUAUAUGAAAUCCAUGAUUCAGUCUUUUCUUCUUGUAAAGUUAAAUCGGGGUAGCAUUGAAGUUCACCUUGUUAUCCAGCUCUACACUCCUAAUUCCACACUACUUCGCUGUCUGCCGUGUUCUACUGUGUACAAAGUGUACUGUGCGGAAAUAUCAAAUGCUUAAUAUUAAAGAGCCAUGGAUCUUUUACACAGUUAAUGUGUAAAAAGGGGUGUAUAUGCUGACAUGUUUUAUACCAACUAAUGACAUCUGGACGUUUAUUUUUUUGUAUUUUCUGUAAUGGAGUAACCAUUUUGAGGUGUGGCAUGAAUCAUGUGUUACACCUGCCACGCAUUGAAGUCCUGUUUUUCAACAUUCUUCCCGAAACCAAUUUCAUCUGCCGCUCGGUGACUGAAAUCUCAUCUUGGGACGUGGAACUGUGGUAGUUAAUGUGAGGCCUGGAUCAGGUCUGCAAUGUCCAGGACACACUUUGAAUCAUGUCUAAUGAGGUGGUCUGAGCUCACAGCCAGGCAAACUUCUGCGCUCACACUUUUGUAUGAACAAUUUUUGGUCUGUCAUUGUAAGAUACUUUGAAGAGAUUAAAUGAAGUUUAUCUGA